AUGGGGUUAGUCAGCAACGACGAUGGAGAUUCCCACGUGUGUAGCAUGCCCAACCCUCUACAAGCCGAUGCUCCAGAGCCUUUCAUCGGGAACCUCUCGUUUCGAGAAUUCAAUCUGUGUCUCUCCGGCGGUUGCACAGCGUUCGUGUGCUUGUCCACCUUCAUCCUCAUGGCGAGGCACGCAACGCAUUUCAGCAAGCCCAAUGAACAGAGCAAGAUCCUGAAGAUCUGCUUCCUCCUUCCAUUCUACAGCCUCCUGUCGCUCCUGGGGAUCGCCUUUCCGAAUGCAUACCCGUACCUCGACCCUUGGCGGGAUCUAUGGGAAGCCAUUGCUCUGGGCAGUUUCUUCCUCUUGCUCUGCGAGUUCGUCUCGCCAAGUCCGGACUUUCGUGAUGUCUUUUUUGCCGCGUUUGAAGUUCCACAGUCGCGCAGAGCGAAGGAGAAGGGGGGCAAGUCCCAACGCAAUGGACUGGAAUGGUACAGGAAAAACUGGGCCUCUGUGUUUCAAUACGUUGUUGUGUCCCUGUUGAUUGCGAUCGUGACCGAUAUCACUCAAGCUUUCAACAAGUAUUGCCUGGAGAGCAGCAACCUCCACUUCUCCCACAUCUGGCUUACGGUGGUCCACAACAUCUCCAUCUUUUUUGCCGUGGCAGCGUGCAUCCGGUUCUACAACGCGCUGAAAAAGGACAUGAAGCACCACAAGCCGCUGGCCAAGUUUCUGUCCUUCAAGCUCAUCAUCGGCUUGUCAUUCAUUCAAGACAUAAUUUUCACCAUUCUGCGCUCCACCGGCGCCCUGAAAGAGAGCUCCACCAUGACCUACGCCGACGUCAACUUUGGCCUCGACACCAUGACCACGUGCGUCCUGAUGGUGCCGUUUGCCAUUUUCUUCCACUACUCCUACAACGUGUCCCCGUACGACAUCACGAAACCCCGAAUGCUGCCGCUGUCGGAGAUCCCGCCACAGUAUGUCGACGAGUCCCGGUCCUCACAGGAGGGCUUGACCGGGAGAAACAGCAGUCCGGACUCGUUCAACCAGCACCGACACAUGGCACACGAGACGGGCGGCCAAUACUACGGUGGUGCCCUGGGUGUCAAGGCAUGGGCCACGGUCCCGGAUCUUCGGGAGAUUGUGAAGGCCAUCUACUUUGCCUUUACCAUGAAGACGACGGCGAGGAGAAUGAACAGGGAGGUUGUGGGUGUCGAUGCUCCUCCUUAUCCCCGGUAUUAG